CAGAUGUGACCGCGCUGGUCUUGAAUAGAGGAACUCGGAGCGUAGUUUCAGUCAGCAAACUGGCAGAGUCGCACAAACUGUGCCAUUUAAAGUCGAUAUCAAGUAGCUGCAGGCAUGUUGGAGCCAGAGCUCGCUGUGGCUGGGCUUCGCGGGCUACUCUCAGACCCUCGCAUCGUGGGGACGCUCUUCGCCGCGCUCAUCGCCGCGCUUGCCGUCUGGGCUUCAGGAAUCGUAGGCACCAAACUGCAUUUGCCUGGUCCUUACAUAACUUGGCCAUUCCUGGGCGAUGCGGUGGAGUUGGGCAUUACAUCGGACCUGAGUCGCCUCAUGUUCAGCAGGUUUAAGAAGUACGGCAGGGUGUUCCGCCUGAACCUGCUGGGACACACAGCCUUCGUGGUGUCCGACGAGGCAGCCCUGCGUGGUGUGCUGUCUGACGACGGAGCCAUUGCCACCAUCCCCUUCCGCGCCUUCAGUGAUUUGAUGGGCGAGUACGGCACGCAGUCCGUCAAGGAGAUCCACGGCCCCUGGCGCAAACUGAUCAUGGCCGCGGUGAACGGGCGGGGGCUGUCCGAGCUGGUGCCGGGUGUGGCGGGCGUCAUGGCACGACACGUGGCCGGAUGGGCGCAGGCGGGGCGCGUGGAGCUUUUCCAGGCGUCCCACGCCAUGGGUCUGGACCUGUCCACAGACGUGAUCGCCAACGUGCACUUCACGGCCCUGGACCGGGGCUGGUUCAAACAGCAGAUGCGCACCUUCACGGCGGGCAUGUGGGGCCUGCCCGUGCGGCUGCCCGGCUCCGACUACAGCGCCGCACUCGCCGCCAAGGAGCGCCUCAUCGCCGCCCUCAUGCCGGAGAUGCGGGACGCCCACGCCGCCAUGCUGAAGCGCUGGGAGGCGGCGGGCCGCAGCGGCCCCGCGCUGGCGGCGGCGCUGCUGGAGGAGCAGGAGCGGCAGCGCGAGGCGGCGAGGGAGGCGGAGGCCCGGGGGCAGAAGGCCACGCCGCCGGACCUGAGUAUUAAGGAGGCGAUGCUCACCGCGUACUUCAUCGGCGGGCACACGGCGCUGCGGGACGCGCCCAUGACCAUCCUUAACGCGGUGGUGGCGGCGGCGGACACCACCCGCUUCUCGCUGUUCACGUUCUGGGCCAUGGUCGCCAUGAGCACGCGCGUGCAGGAGGAGAUAUUCGGCGAGCAGCAGCGGGUCGUGGCGGCGCACGGCCCGGAGCUGACGCCGGCCGCACUGUCGUCCAUGCCCUACCUGGAGGCCUGCUUCAAGGAGGCCAUGCGGCUGCUGCCCACGGGCGGCGGCGCGGUGCGGCACCUCACAAAGGAGCUAAAGGCCGGCAGCGUGACGCUGCCCGCAGGGGAGUGGGUGUGGUACCACCCACACCUGAUGCAUUGCAUUGACCCGGUGUUGUGGGACGGCGACACCAGCGUGGACGUGCCGGCCCACAUGGACUGGCGCAACAACUUCGAGGGCGCGUUCCGGCCCGAGCGCUGGCUCAGCGAGGAGACAAAGCCGAAGUACUAUUUCACGUUUGGAUCAGGCGUGCACCUGUGCGCGGGCGUCAACCUUGUUUAUUUGGAGGCGAAGCUGGUGAUGGCGAUGCUGGUCCGGCGCUUCCGGCUGCGGCUGUCGGCGCCCGACAUGCUGGCGCGGUGCACGCGCGUGUUCCCCUUCAUGCAGCCCGUGCCGGGGACCGACAAGGUCGAGCUGCUGCCGCGCGAGCAGCCGCUACCAGUGCCCGGCAUUGACCUGUAGAGGUCUGGAAGCUUGCUUGAGUGGGGGAGGCGCUUUGGGGCCCGCCACCUGCGGGCGGGGAAGGUAGUGCACCAGGUCCGGGGCGUAGACCGCACAAUCCUCUCGACGGAACGGAUGGAACGCUUGGUGGCAUGUGAGGUCUGCGCUGUCACGGGCGCUGCAUUAGAAACCAGCUGGUGCAGGUCGCGAGCACGCACGAGAGGACGAAGCGUGCUUGGAAGCGUGUUGUGGGCAGGAAGUCAGGGGAAGUCAGGGCAGGCUAGGAUGUAGAAGUGACGUCGUUGGGGAUUGGCCCUGAUACCCAUCAGUUGAAAGACCGACAGACUCGUUGCGGCGGCCGUGUGUUGGGCCCGGGUCAGAGGCAGACUCAAAGGUGUGAGGGUAAGCCAACCGUGGGGCAGCGUGGGGCGGCACCUCUGGGCGAGGGGGCUGUGUGCCCAUGUCUGUGCUCAGGCUUCAUGCUCUCUUGUCAGCCGCUGCUUCCAUCCAGCUAUAUUACUAAGUAAUUACCAUAUGCUUUGCUGUCUAGGUUGGCAUGCAGUUUUUUUUCGAGCUGUCGAGGGCUCGAGGCCGCGCGUUUACCUGGAACCAAUUGCGCCUGUGAUGUGCAUGACUAGGAACCAUACGCCUACCAAUUAAUUAGGGCCUGCUUUAUUCAGGCACUGACAAAAACAUUUAGCCUUUCGAAAUUGCCA